AUGUCAUCCGCCGAUACCGCCAGCGCCAAAAAGGCAGCCGGCCAGCUUCAGAAGGACCAGGGUCAGCUUCAGCAAUCUUCCGAGCUGCACCAGUCUGGCCAGACCGACUUCGACCAGGGCCAGGGCAUGCAGAACGCCGACAACGAGACCGGCGCUUCGGGCUUCUCCGCGGUUGCUGGCGCCAAGGACGUUGUCAAGGACAAGCUUGAGGACCGCAAAGACGUCUGA